CGCGACUCCGACAGCGUGAGCCGUGGUAUUUAUUUUCAAUAAAAAAAAAAAAACAAAAACAAACAAAACAAAUAAUAAUAUAAACAUUUUAAUAUAAUGCAACGAAUUAUAAUAAUAAUAAAGUAAUUUAAAAAAUAAUUAAAGGGGUUAAAGGUGAUUUAAAACAAACAAAACACCACUUACGGUGUUUUGUUUUGGCCUUGUGUCAGCAAAACAUUGUUAUUGUUUUUUUUUUUAAUUUUUGUUAUUUUUUUGUUUUGUUUACCCCUUGUAAAAAAUUUGACGCCCUCAAUCUGACACUCAGUGCCAUUUUGUUGCUCAACGAGUGAGGGUUAACAGUGAACUUUCUCCCAAAGUCUUCUCUCCCUCCCCUGUCUCUCUUCCACCCCAUAAAAUUUUAUAAAAAAUCAUAAAAAAAAAAAAUUACGUUUAUUUUCUUUUUAGUGAAUAUUCAAGUGUUGUUAUUUUUUUUAUUUAUUUAUUAAGUUGUUUUUUUUUAUUUUUUUAUUUUUAAUUAAAAAAAGUAAAAUGUUGAUAUUUUAAAUGACAUUUUGAGGAAAUUUUUUGGUUUUCAUUCGAUGAAGUGUUUGAUGAUAAUUGACAUAAAUAAAGGUGGUGUGUUGUUGAUGAAAUAUCAAAAAUCAAAGGGUUGUAAUAUUGUUGGUGAUGGUGGUUAUUAUAUGAGAAUAGUAGGGUCAUUGCAGUUUGUGUUGGAAAGGUCGGAAGGCGUGCGUGCGUGAAUGCGCGCGCGCCAGCGGGCUAACCAUCGUGUCUUCAACAAGAUCACCAGCACCACCAGCACACACGAUGAUACUCGUGAUAUCUUUGAGAAAUAACAGAGAUAAAUACAUUGACUUACAGUGAUAUUCUAGGGAAUUUUUAUUGUGAAUUUAUUUUAAAAAAUUAAUAUAAUUGUCAAAUAAUAAUUGACAUUGAUAUUUUUUUGAAAAGGAAAAAUUAAAAAUAUAAUCCUUGGAGCUGGUUUUGAUGAUAUUGUGGGUUUAAAAAUUAAUCAUAUAUAUUUUUGGAGUUGAUUUGGAUAAGGAAGGUAAAGUAAGAGUUUGGAAAUAUCGAUCCAUCUUACUAUCCUCACAACUACAACUACUACUACUCCAUUUUAAAAAUCCUCGUGGCUAUUAUCAUGCCCAUGUCGAUACAAACAUGCAUAAUUAAAUUAUAUAACAUGUAAAAUGUUUAAUAUAUUAAAUACACUUAAAUAUAAUUUAAAAAUGAACUGCCAACUAGAAAAUAAUACAACAGUAUCAACCAUUAUUGGUUGUUAUAUUGUUGAGAUAAUAAAUUAUAAAAUAAUUAAUAAUAUAGUCAUGCAAUAAAGUGUCCAAAUAUUUGCAACUCAAGUGCCGCCUUUUUUCGUGAUUAUUAAUUUUUAUUUUGAUGACAUAUUAUACACCUUUAUCUAAGAAAUAUAAUAUACAAAAAAUUUCAUAAAAAAUCAACAUAUUAAAAUUUUAAAAAACACACGCGAUAAGUGAACGUAAAAAGUCAAAAAAAAAAAAUAAAUAAAUAAUAAUAAAUUAUUAUAAUGAUAAUAAUCAAGUCUUCCCUGUAAGGAGAAACAACAAAAAAAAAAAUUUAAUAAUUUCAAAAUAACGUGAAAAUAAAAUUGUAUUUUUUUAUGCAAAAUAUUGCAUUUUAAAUAUAAAAAUUAAUUUUUAAACGACAAAAAUAACAAAAAAAAAAAAAAAGAAAAAUGGUAUCACGAUAUGGUAUAUCAAAGGAGGGCACUGUCGGUGUUGCCGUCGGUGUUGGUCCAAUGCAUUGUUUAUUACCACAAGGUAAUGGUGGACGACAUCAUCACCAUCAUCAUCAUCAUAUAUCACCACAUCCACAGAAUCCAAAUCAUAAUCACAUACAUACGCACAAUCAACAAGCAUUGCAACCACAACCAUUGAGUCCUCAUGGACCACAUAUUGGACAAAUCAAUCAUGGACAACAUCAGCUUACAAUCAAUAUUGGCCAUCAUCAUCAACAGCAGCAACAACAACAGCAACAGCAAAAUCAACAUCAACAGCAACAGCAACAACCACCACCACCUCAGUAUAGAAUCAUUGCGACAAAUGCGCGAUCUGAAUUUCAUGUACCUGGACAAAAUUACGGUGCCCAACCAGGGGCCCAGGUUGGUGGUGGAGCUGGAAGUAUAGGUGUACCUGGAGGUCGUGGACCACCAUCAUUAGUUGGUUUACCAUCAAUUGGACAAACAACAACAGGUAUACAACCUGGUGGUCCAACUGGUGUACAACAACAGCAACAACAACAACAACAACCACCCCAAGUAUCAACACCUGGUGUACAACAACAACAACAGGGUCCAACACCAACAACAACACCACCAGUGCAUACACCAUCACCACAAGAGAUGGGUAAACCAGCACAUUUACAGGCUCAACAGCCAACAAUGCAACAGCCAUAUGGACAAAAUCCAAAUAGGCCUCCGCCACACAGUUUCUAUCAAAUGGCAACAAGAAGUCAACCAUUACAACCGAGAAAUAUAGCUCAUCGUGGUAGUCAAGUUGGUGCAGCAACACAUGUUAGUAUGGCAGGAGUUACUGGAAGUCCUGGUCAAUCACCUGCCAUGUAUCCUGGUCAUGCAAAUAUUAUGUCAUCUGUAGCACCAAUAUUUGUACCUUCAGCUGGUAUUCAUGGUGGUGCUCAUCAACCAGUUAAUUUUGUUAAUGCAAGUCCAAUGUCAAUUUAUCCCCAACAAACAAGACAUCAACCACAUCAUCCACCACAGGCAUACUAUCCAAGCUUUCAGUCACAUCCUAUGAUGCCAAGUUUGUAUACUGGAUUUACACCAGGUCAACCACCACCAGCAUAUUGUUAUCAAUCUUAUCAACCACAAAAUGCAGCAAUUAGUAUAAAUAGACCAACUCCAAAUGCUGUUACUGGUGCUGGACAAAAUGUUGCAGGACCGCUGGCCGGUGCACAAGGAACAGCUGGUGUACCACAAAAUACACUUCAACAACCAGCACAACAACCCCAACCAAUACCUCCAAUGUCAAUAGCACUUACCCAACCAACUUAUGCAGGACACAAUGGUGGCACACCAGCUCCAGCUCCAUAUAGAAAAGCAGCAAGGAUAUGUGCCAUUCUUGAUAUUGUUGAUCCACAAACUGGACUUAAUGUUGCUAAUGAAAUUUAUAAUGAAGCAGGAACAGCUCCAAGUGAUGAGACUAAAAAUCGUGAUACUCCACAACCACAGAACUCUGCAAUUAUUGCUGAAUUUGCAUCGUUAGUUGCAAAAGCUGCAAGUGAAACUACAGGAACAAAUGCUACAGCAGCAACAACAACUACAACAACAACAACCACAACAUCAUCACCAUCAUCAUCAUCAAUAACAGCAACAACAACAACAACAUCAACAACAACGACGAGUGUACAAGAUACUAUAAAAGAUAAAUCUUUAAAUACAACAUUACAAACAAAUGUUAUUAAUCAGACAUCUAGUCAAACAAUGACAAAUUCAAUUAGUUGUACAGUUCCUAUUGUUACACCUAGUACAACAAAUAUUGUCAAAUCAACAAUUGAUGCUCAAUCAAAUGCUCAAGUUGAUGUGUCUAUUAUUAAUAAUGAUACAAAACAGUUGUCAUCAUUAACUAAAGAAUUUAGACCACGUAGUGAUAUAAAUCAAUUAUCACAAAAACAACAACAAGCACAAUCUAUUGAUGAACAAAAAUCACAAAGUGUAAUUAAAGAAACUCCUGUUGUACCUGCUCACCCUGAACGUGAUGACGAAAAAGUAUCAUGUAAAAUAUCUUCAACAACUGCUGUUACAUGUCCUGUAUCUACAAUUGCACGUGAACCUGUUGAAAAAAAUUUAUCAACAAAAAAGAAUGUAACAUUACCAGUACAGUCAACAAUUUCAAAUGUUACUACCAGUGAUUCAGCUAUUAUUGCUGAACCAGCUGUGCCAGUUAUUGAAGCUCCAAAGGAACAAAACAAACAAAUAAUUUGUGAAAAAAUUAUUGAAUCAUCAGCUAAAACAUCAGAGACUCAUAAAAAUGGUGAAAACAAUGCUGAUAAAUCUGACGAAGAAUUCAUUGAUGGUAAAGCUGCACAAAAAAAGAGCAAAAAUAAGCUCAAAGAAGUUGAUACAAACCGCAAAAGUGCGGAAAAAGAAGGUGAUAAUAUGGAAACCAUCGUGAGUACGGUUGAACAACCGAAAAAUAUUGAACUAAUUAAAAAACAAGAUAUAAAAAAUGAUGUUGUAGUUACAAAAGUUGAUGAUGUUUGUGAAAUAUCAUUAAAAGAAAAUGUAACAACUGAAUCAAAACCUGAUACUGAUAUUGAAGAUAAAAAAAUUGAUGAUACAGUAAAUAUUGAUAAAUGUAGUAAAACAAAUUUACCUGUGGAAAAUCAUAAAAAUAUAACAACAAUAAUUGAACAAGAUAAUAAUAAAACAACAGCACGUAUUACUGAUAAACGUGCAAAUGAUGUUGUUGAUCAUGCUCAUAUUAUUAAAGAUAAAAUAAUUGAUGUUGAAACAUUAGUUGCCCAAAAAAAUCAAGAAAAUUCAAAAGUAUCAAAUACAACAACAACAACAAAUGAUGUUAAACCAAUUGAUACUACUGCUGCUGUUGUUGAUAAUGAAGAUGAUAAUAAUGACAAAGAAAAUGAUAGUGAAUCAUCAAAUCGUAUUGAUACACCAACAAUAAAUGAACACAAAUAUGUUUAUGCUGAAGAUCAAUGGAGUCCCACAAAUCCAACAGGGAAAAAAAUAUAUGAUUCUGAAUUUUUAACUAAAAUUCAACAUCAUCCAUUGUGUCAAAUUAAACCACCAAAUUUACCAAAUUUGGAUAUUGUACAAAAAUAUGGUACUGUUAGACAAGCUCCAUCAUCACGUAAUAGUUCCAUGGACUUUUUAAAAUCAUCAAGAAAUCAUGAAAUGUUUACACCUGGAUUUGCCAAAGCUGGUUUCAAUAGAAUGCAAGUAGCACCAGGUAACAAAAAGAGUUUCCAAGGAAAUAACAAAAAAGUUAGUAAAAGUGGUGUGAUACAUGUGUCAUUAUCAUUACAUGAAGAUGUUAAAUUACGUGAAUCAGAAAAUGCAUGGAAACCAACACCUCGUUCAAAGACAGAUAUUGCAAAUGAUGAUGAAGCUAAAACACAAGCACUUUAUAAAAAAGUACGUAGUAUAUUAAAUAAAUUAACACCACAGAAAUUUGAUACAUUGGUUAAUCAAGUUAGAGAUUUAGAAAUUGAUUCACAUGAAAGAUUGCAAGGUGUUAUUGAUUUAGUUUUUCAAAAAGCUCUUGAAGAACCAAAUUUUUCAGUAGCAUAUGCACUCAUGUGUAAACAAUUGGCACAAAUGCAAAUUGCUGGUGGUGAUAAAAAACAAGACAAUGAAACUAAACAAGAAAAAGAUAAUAAAACAAAUUUUAGAACUUUAAUAUUAUCACGUUGCCAACAUGAAUUUGAAAGUACAACUGUUGAUGAAGUUGCACGUGCAUCUAAACUUAAAGAAAUUGACGAAUGUGUUGAUGUUCUUAAGAAAAAAGAAUUAAUAGCAUUACUUGAUGAUGCUGAUCGUCGUUUACGUAUGAAAUCAGUUGGUAAUAUUAGAUUUAUUGGUGAAUUAUAUAAACAAGAUAUGCUUAGAGUUGCUAUUAUGCAUACAUGUAUAAAACAUUUAUUAACAACACCAGAUGAAGAUAAUCUUGAAUGUCUUUGUAAAUUAUUAACAACAAUUGGUAAAACAAUGGAAAGUACUAAAAAUAAUAGUUUCAAUGAUUAUUUUUCAACAAUGACUGAAUUAACUAAACGUAAAACUGGUGAUAAAAAAAUAAGCUCAAGAGUUAGAUUUAUGUUACAAGAUGUUAUUGAUUUAAGAGCACAAAAAUGGAAACCAAGAAGAGAUGAAGGUAAUCCAAAAACAAUGGAUCAAGUUAGUAAAGAACAUGCAUCUGAACAUUUGGAUAUUGAAUUAAAUAAUACACCAAUUAAUACACCAAGAAAAGAUGAUAGAAAUUCAGACAGAAGACGAAACAGAGGAGGUAAUGGUAAUACAAAUGAAGAUGGUUGGAGUGUAGCAACUAAAUCAACAAGACAACCAUAUUCUGUUGAAUCAUCAAAACUAAAUGCUAAAGUACCAGCCAUGGAUGAAAUGAGACUUGGUGGAAGAGAUUUAUUCCGAUGGGGAUCAUCUGCUGCAGCUGGAAAUGAUAAUCCAAUGCAAAAUAUGCAAAAUAAAUAUGCUCUUUUAGAUUCAAUGGAAACUGACAAAAAACCAUCAAUUCAAUUACCUGGAUCAAGAUCCACUGGUGCUACAAGAGAUUACAGACCAGAGUAUAAAACUUGGGAUAGCAAUAGAGGUUCAAGAAAUGGUAUUCAUCAAGUUCAAAGUAGCAGUAGUAGUAUGUCAAGACGUGACUCACGUGAAAAUUCUGUGCCUGAGAUAACAUCAAGAAGCCAGAGCAUGUCAAUGCCACCACCAUCAGCAUCAAAAUAUAACAAACGUCCACCUCUAUUAGCAACACCUCCAAGUGAUAAAAAAGUUCUCACUGAGGAUCAAAUUAAAAAUGAAAUAAUUACUGUUCUUGGUGGUUGCAAGACUUCUCCAAAUGUUGAUGCAUUCAUUGAUACUGCUAUGGAUCAAUUGAAUGAUAAGCUUGACAAUUCAACUUAUCCAUAUUUCAUUAGUGAAUCAUUGAAUCGCAUUUUGGAGAAAUCAUCACUUCAUCGUGAAUAUUAUUCCAGUCUUUUUGCACACAUGAUUGUCAACAAGAUGUUCCCAAUUUCAUUAUUCCAAGCAGAAUAUGAUAAAUUAAUAGAAGUAGCAGAAGAUCUUGUUAUUGAUCUUCCAAAAUUCUGGACAUAUGCAGCUGAAAUACUGAAACCAUUAGUAGUUCGUGGUGCACAUCCAUUGAAUGAAUUAAAACGUACGACAUCAGUACUAAAAAAUAGUGGUACAGUUGGUAAACUUGUUGGUGAAUUAUUAACAAUAUUAGCACAAAGUGAAGGACCAAAAUUAAUAGCUGACAAAUGGAAUAAAAGUGGAAUUAAAUGGACUGAUUUAGUUGAUACAUCAAAAGAAAAUCCUGAUAAUAUUGUUAAAGAAUAUAAUUUAGAAUUUUUAACAAAUGAUGCAACAGACAAAUUACCAAGUGGUAUAGAAUUGACAUAUGAACAAAUUCAUGACCAAUUAAUAAAAUUAUUACGUGAUAGUGAUUUUGAUAAUAUAACAAGUUGGAUAACAGCAAGUGUUGGACAAGAAGGUUUUAAAAAACCAAAAUUCAUAAGAACACUUGUAACAUCAAUACUAGAAACAGUUGUUGAACCAUUAAAAAAUUCAUACAAAGUAAAUCGUCAAAAACUUGAUCACUUUUUACCGCUUAUGGCACGUUAUGUUGACACAAAUCCAGAGUUGGAACUUCAAUGUUUAUAUGCCCUCACUGCUUUUAAUCAUAAAUUGGAAAAUCCUCAAGGUGUUUUAUGCAGCAUAAUUGAUGGACUUUAUGAAGUUGGAGUAGUAUCAGACAAUGCCUUUUUGGCAUGGCAAACUUGUACCGAUAAAGCUGAAAUGUUAGGUCAUGGUUGUGCUGUAUUAGCUCUCACAUCAUUCUUUGUUCAACUCAAAGAGGGUCAUGAAGAAUCAAGCGAGGAAGCAUGAGUAUUCCAACAAUUAGAAAAGGAUUUAAUCAUAUAUAAAUCCAAUAUUAUAUAAAUAGCUAAUGAAAAAUUAUAAUAAAAAAAUAAAAAUUAAAAAAAAAAAAAAAGUGAACUUAUAAAUAAAUAUUGCAAAUACAAAUGAGGUAUAAAAUAAUAAUAAUAAUAGUAAUAAAAAGAUCAAUAAAUUUUGAGCCGAGUCAACGUUAUAAUAUUAUUAUUUAUAUACGUUGUGAUUUAUGAGUUUUUAUGUCGUGGGAUUUAAGUUGUCCUGUGCAUACAACUGUUUAAGUGCUCAAAAAAUUCAUUCACACAAGAACUUCGUGCUAAAGACUUAUAUUUUUUAAAAUCAUACACAUAGAAAAAAAAUAAAAAAAACUAAAUAAUUAUACUAAUAAUAAUGAUAAUAAUUUAACAACAAAGUAAAUCACUCCACAGAUGUACAUCCACUAUAUUGUCUUGAUUGAUAAUGAGGCCAAAUUUGUGAAACAAUUUUAUGAAAAUUUAUACGAGAUUUAUUUUGUUCCUUUUUAGUUUGUUUUUUUUUUUUUUUCUUUUUUUUUUCCCUUAGAAUGACAUGAAAGUGGCGUAAUGACUGCGAAUAAGUGUAUGUUUAUCAUAAAGUGUUUGUACAAUAGUGUAAGAUGACACACGAAAUUAUCAAGCUUCAAAAAAAAAAAAAUAUUAAAAAAAUGAAAAAAAAAAUGGUAAACUUGUUAUUAAAAAAAAUCAAAAAAAAAAAA